AAAAUACAUAGCUUGAGAUCAUAUAUAUAUUUUAUGUCUAUGAUUGAGAUUGACAAAUAGGCCUCAUCCAAAUAGAUCUAACUUAAACUAUUUCCAUUGGCAUCAGAGAUUCAUCAACCUUAUGAUGACAGCAUUUAUGAAUGAACAGGCUCAACGCCAUAAGAAACACUAAUGCCAAUACGACAAAGAUAUAGACAAAAGUCGAAAUACAAAGAGGCUUUGCAGACUGUCAAACUAGGUUUCCAAGUUAUUGACAAAGAAAUAUAUGACCUUUUCAGUGUUAGAAAGGGGACACAACUACCAGACUUUCUUCUACAUUCCAUCUUGAGUUUGGUAACUACACACAACAAGAUGUCUGCUCGAAAUAGAAAAAGUGUCAAUCCUAUGGAUAAAAAAAUUCCAGAAAAUCCAAAAUAUAAACAUGUUCGUUCAACAAUUGAUACAGGUGCCAGUGUCACAAAGUACAUUGAGAAAAUGGAAGAGCUGAAAAGAAACUACAAUUUUAGAAAGGAUGAAAUUUUCAAAAGAAUGAAAGUUUCAACAUUUGUUCAAUUGCUAGUCCAGAUAGCAGAUCUAGAUACAGUUAAUGAGGAUGUGUCUAAAGCUGGAGACACAGACCUUCAAUUUGAUCGUCCAGAUACAGCUGACCAGGAAGUAGCAAACAUACAGAAAAAUGGAGCUGGAGAUUCAGCCAGAGAGGCCUCAGAAGGUGAAACAAGUAGGUCAAGGCUAGAGCAGGUUGUGAAUGGACUUGGUGAAAUUGACCUUGAGACUCCAAAGCCUUCAAAUAAAUCACUGCCUAUGAUGGGCAACUUGUGUCCAUAUCUACUUUUGGAUGUCAGAGAGAGAGAUGCAUAUGAUGAGUGCCAUAUUAUCACUGCUCAAAGUUACCCAACGGCAAUGUUGGCAAGGUCUGUCAAUUAUGAGACGAAAGAAAUGUUGGCAUUUAAAAAUCAGCAGGGAAAAAUUAUAGUAUUAUAUGACGAUGAUGAGAGAUUGUGUCACAGGGCAGCCACUACAUUAGUUCAGAGAGGAUAUGAUAAUCUGUUUAUGUUGUCUGGGGGAUUAAAAGUGGCAUACAAAAUGUUCCCUGAAGGAUUAAUCACUGGUACCGUCCCUCAAGCUGUACUUGAUGAAGUCGCACAGCCUCCCAAAAGUGCUAAAAGUAAAGCACAGUCAACUGCAAGAGUGCCAGCCACCCAGGAUUCUUUUACACCAGAAUUAAUCGAUAAACUCUGUGGCUAUCUGGACACUUCUGUGACAGAUCGCAGCACUGGAAGUCGAUUAUCUACAUCUGCCAGUAGCAAAUCUGGACGGGCAUCAAGUAUUUCUUCAGCUUCUUCUAUAUCCACACUUGGCCGCAAGCCUUUCAAAUGAUAAUAUGUAUAGACUUGUUUUGGCUAUCAACUGAACUGCUUGAUAAAAAUGUUGACAAAGCUGAAGUCUGCUGUUUCACAUAAUGUUAGAAUGUUUCACACAAAUAUAUAAUUCUGAUUGCUAAGUGGCACUACUUUACAAAAUAGGAAAGAUCUGCAACCUGAUGGCAUGGAUCCUUAAACAUCUGAAUUUUUUUUGAUACAUCAUUUAUAUUACUUUAAUAGUAUUUGUUAAAACAUUUUUAUUUAUUUUUAUUAAAUUGAUGAAUAAGUAAAAUACAUUUCUGGUGUAAUUUUUAAGCAACAAACAUUUUUAGUAAGUUUUAGAAAGUUUACAAUUUGUAUAAUUUUCCAUUAAAAUUUGUAAAAAAAAAAAUUAUCACAAAAAGUGGGGUUAAUGUACAAGAGUGGAAAUAAACCAGAAGAAAUUAAAUAAACAUGGUUGAAUACAUAAAUGAGGGUAAUGAUGUAUAUAAAAUACUUUCCAUAAUUGUACAAGAUGGUUGUAGCCAAAGCAGCUUGAGUGUUUUAAAAAGUUUAAAAAAAUAUUAAUCAGUAUUGCAGCUGCAUUUUACUCAAUUAUUUAUUAUCUGCGUUUAUAGUCUUUUAAUAGUGUACAUACUAUUUUAGAAGUUCAGUUAUAUAUACAUAAUUAUAGUCAACAGUUGCAAGGAAAAAAAAAGUAGUAAAUAUUUUGAAAGAACACUGUGUUGUAUUAUUUAACUGCUAUAGAAAUCUUCUUGCCUAUUUUAUUCAAAUAAGUUUUUCUUGUCGAUAGGUUUAUAUGCAGCAUGGUUGUUUUGGGUUUUUGUCUUGAAGUAUUUUCUUUUUGAAUUAUUAAGAAUGUAAGCUAAAAAAGCUGUCUGACAAAAAUAUAAAACAAUUUUUAAAUGUACAUUACAGCAACUGUAAUGUGACUUUACACACAUUUUUUUUUUUGAAAAAUGGAAAAGAAAAGGAGGGUCAGGCGUAAAGCUUAAUGUAAUGCAGAAAACAAAAGUGAUUAGAGAUCAAAAUGAACUUUAUUUCAUUGUUAUAGUUUGAAUUAUUUUUAGACAAUAACUUAAAAAAAUUAUAUUCUCUUGCUAGUGCUAAAUUUUAAAUUUGAUCAAGAACAAGUUAUCUUUAAGUAAUUUGGUAGUAUACCUAAUAAUUAAUGUCCUGUAGAUUAAUUGUAUAACUUUAAAAGACAUUUUUAAAAUGUCCCUUACUUAAACAAAAAUCAUUGAAAAUUUCUUAUUGAUUUUUAAAUUACCACCAUUUUCCUUUACUAAUUUAGUAAAGUUUUUUUUUUAUUUUUUUUCAUUAAAUCUAAUGAUUUACUGAGAUAGAUCACUUCAUUAAAAGAUUUUUAAAAACUCACAAUAAUUAGACUGAUCCAACAAAGACAAAAUGUCAGUAUUCCAUCCAUUUUUCACAUUUUUUUUUUUUUUGUGAAGAAUUAAUUUACCAAAUUCUUUUCAUUUCAUUUUUUUUUUAAAUAUCAUGAAACUGUAUGUAUUUACUGUUAUGUUUAGAGGUGAUUAUUUUGUUUGUACAUUGUACGAAGUGCAAAGGGCUGUGUGGUGAUAUUAGUUGCUAUAAGCUAUUUGGUGUGUAUGUGUGGUGAAACUUUGCACAGUUUUAGUGAUUGAUAUAUAUAUAUAUAUAUUAUGGGAUAUUUAUUUUUAAUAUUGAUAUUUUCUAAUGUUGGCAUUGUAUCUUCUCUCUGUAUAGUGAUCUGAACUUAUUUAAUAACCCUUAUACUUUGAAUAUCUGAUUGAUUGUGAUCACAUAGAUAUUAUAUGAUAUAGAACAGAAUCUUAUUUCUAUAAUUUUUUCUUAGAUUCUCUUAUAAUAGAUCUUAAUGAUUAUUUUAUCAUAUCAUCAGGGCAAUUAAAAGCCACAAUAAAAAUUGGUAUCCAUUAUUGUAUACUUAUUAUGCUAAUUAAUUUAUAUAAUUUUUACAUUUGUAAUAAUCAAACUUCUGCCAAUUAUGAACUUUUUCUCAGUUAAGUGUGACAAGAGAUAUUCUGUGUUAUUAUGUCUAAACUCUAAAGAAAAAAGAAAAUGUACUGUUCCAACCUGUUACUUGUGCGUAGCAGGAAUAGUUUUUUCUUAUAAAUAGUUUGACUCUAUUCAGAUAUUGUUAAACUUUUUCAUGUUUUUCUCCUGUAUUUACAUUCAGUUACUGCUCCUGACUAACUUUCCACUAGAACUCACAACUUUUAGCAAGCUUAUAUCAAGUUUUUCUGGUCAAAAUUUUUACAGGUUAUUUCUCUCAUUUCCAAGGAUCAAGUUGAAACUUUGCACAAUUAUUUACUGUCGAAGACAACACAUGAAUCAAUAAAAAAUUAACCAAUUAGUUAA